AAUUUUAAAUUGAUGUCGAGCGGAAAAAGACGUAAUCCUUUAAAUCUAAGCCUUCCUCCAACUGUAAAUGAAGAAGGGUUGGCUAAUGAUGUUUCUGCUACAGAAGAAAAUGAAGGAGGAAGAGGAGAAGGUGGUGGAGGGGGAGGACAAGGACAACAAACAACAGCUAAAGGAACGGGUACUCCACCUACAACAAUGAUGUUGGAUUCUCAAUUAAAACAAUUAAGCUUGUCUGGAGCACAAAUUGAAAGGAUGAAUGAAUGGAUUAAUUUGAAAAAACAGAUUGGAGAAUUAAGUGAUGAUGUUCUCGAACGUAUUUGUGAUUUGGGACAUGGCAAUGGAGGUGUUGUUCAUAAAAUGCGUCAUUCAAAAACUGGUGUAGUUUUGGCUAGAAAAUUGGUUCAUUUGGAAGUUAAACCUUCUGUUCGUAAUCAAAUACUUAAAGAAUUGGAAGUUUUACACAAAUGUAAUAGUCCGUAUAUUGUUGGUUUUUAUGGUGCUUUUACAACAAAUAACGAUAUUUCAAUAUGUAUGGAAUUUAUGGAUGGACUUUCACUUGAUAUUGUUUUACAGACUGUUGGUCGAAUAAAUGAAAAAUUGGUUGGACGUAUUGCAAUUGCUGUAAUUGAUGGACUUACUUAUCUUAAAGAGCAGUUUAAUAUACUUCAUAGAGAUGUAAAACCAUCAAACAUGUUAGUUAAUAGUAGAGGUGAAAUUAAACUUUGCGAUUUUGGUGUUUCUUGCAUGCUUAUCGAUAGUAUGGCUAAUUCUUUUGUUGGCACACGUUCAUAUAUGGCGCCAGAACGUUUAACCGGCGCUCGUUAUAGUAUCCACUCAGAUGUUUGGAGCUUUGGAUUAUCUUUAGUUGAACUAGUUAUUGGACGUUACCCUAUCCCUUCUCCAAGUAGACGUGAAUAUGCAAAAAUAUUUGGUAUUAGAGUUGAAGAAGUUGUGUUAGAUUUACAACAAAAUGGACAAGAAGAAACUUCAUCGAGUAUAGAUGACACUUCGCCUAAAACAAUGGCUAUUUUUGAAUUGCUUGAUUAUAUAGUAAAUCGACCUCCCCCAGUUCUCCCUCGUCGUAUUUUCUCUGAUCACUUUGUUGAUUUUGUUAAUAAAUGUUUAAAGAAAAAAGUUACAGAACGUCCAAAUCUUGCUGGUUUAGCUGAAGAACCUUUUUACAAAGAACAUUCUGCAAUGGAUGAUAGUGCUGAAUUUGCGAAAUGGGUACAAUCUGUUAUUGAUUUAAGGAAUAGAAACUUCCCUACUGGUUAA